GAGGGAAAAGCCAGAGCAGCCACCGCUCCGGUUCGCAGCUUCCACACCUCACCACCUGAGCUCGGUCGGUGGCGGGCUGCCAGCCGCUUCCUUCCGUCUGCCGCUUUGCUUGCUCCACCCCCACCGCACGCACCUCGCCUCCGUCCAGGCAGAGAGACCCGGGUCAAGCGAUCCGGUCGCAUCUCCACGCGCAACUCGGCCUCCCCGUGCGUGCGGUUCUUAGUGGCGAGGGUGUGCGUGGCGGCGGCCUCUAGUUGACUGCUCGAGGUGUGAGCUCCGACACCUGCUGCGGCGCGCUCGUUUCUUGACGGCGUGCGCGGCCGCCGUUCUUGCAGCAGGGUUUCGUCCCGUCCCGUGAGGAGUGGGUGAGUCGGUGGGCGGGGUUCGAUCUGAACAAGGCUUGGGGUUCUUGCUGGGGGCGCCCGGUUGGUCAGCUCGCAGAAGAAGCCGAGCUGGUUGGGCGUGGAGGUUUUGAUUGACUUUUGAGGUGCCGGGAGUUGACAGGUUGCUUCUUGCUCGCUGGUUUCUUGGCUCUGCGGCUACGGAGCUUGCUGAUUUUCCUCCAGAAUUUGUGGCGGAGCUCCGUCCUGACCUUGCGAAGAUUGGACCUUUGGGGCUGCUUGCUCACUGUUUGCCUUGCCGGAGAAUCUUGGGAGCCUCUGUUCCUCUUGAUUCCUUGCAUUACCGGUCAUCUUGUGCUCCGAGCCAACUAAGGGAGCCCAUCUUUUCCCGCUCAGCGCGUUCAUGUAAACGGAGGAUUGAGCUGAUCUAGCUGGGGAUCUUGAGGCGACAGAGUUCUUGUUUGCUUGCACAGUGCAUGAGUGGUGGGUGAAUUGGUACAGAGGGAAACAUGGGGAAUUGCAUGGACACCACGGCGCGGGUGGAUCACAGCAUCAACAAUGCUGCCUACCCGUUAAAAGUGACCAGCAAGACAAGUUUAUCAUCUGUCCCUUCCACGAUUAAGAGCAACUCAACUCGCUCAACUUUGACUCUUUCGUCUAUGAGAGAUCGAAGUGAGCUUCCUACUCCUCGAACAGAAGGUGAAAUUUUGUCAUCUUCUAAUUUGAAGGCAUUCACGUUCAAUGAUCUAAAAACUGCAACCAAGAACUUCCGACCGGACAGUCUUCUUGGGGAAGGAGGAUUUGGGCAUGUCUAUAAAGGUUGGAUUGAUGAACACACGCUUGCCCCUUCAAAACCGGGUAGUGGUCUCGUUGUUGCUGUCAAGAAGCUUAAACCAGAAGGCUUCCAAGGACACAAGGAAUGGCUGACAGAGGUUGAUUACCUUGGCCAACUUCACCACAAGAAUCUUGUUAAACUCAUUGGUUACUGCUCAGAUGGUGAUAACCGGCUUCUGGUGUAUGAAUUCAUGCCCAAGGGAAGUUUGGAGAAUCAUCUGUUCAGAAGAGGUGCUGAUCCUUUGUCAUGGGCAAUAAGGCUCAAAGUUGCUAUUGGUGCCGCUAGGGGUUUAUCAUUUUUACAUGAUGCUGAAAACCAAGUCAUAUAUCGUGAUUUCAAGGCAUCGAACAUUCUCCUCGAUUCGGAAUUCAACGCAAAGCUUUCAGAUUUUGGCUUGGCAAAAGCUGGUCCAACCGGGGAUAAAACCCAUGUAUCCACACAAGUCAUGGGCACUCAUGGAUAUGCAGCUCCAGAGUAUAUUGCAACAGGCCGUCUCUCUGCAAAGGCAGAUGUCUACAGCUUUGGGGUGGUGUUGCUUGAGUUGCUCACUGGAAGAAGAGCCCUGGACAAAUCGAAGCCAGGCAUAGAGCAGAACUUAGUUGAUUGGGCCAGACCUCACUUAGGUGACAAGCGCAGGCUAUACCGCAUCAUGGACACGAAGCUUGGAGGGCAGUAUCCAAAAAAGGGUGCAAACGCCAUUGCAAGCAUUGCCUUGCAAUGCAUCUGUGGUGAUGCCAAGAUGCGGCCUCGGAUGUCUCAGGUGUUGGAAGAGCUGGAGCAGCUGCAAGAUGCCAAAUAUGGUUCAGCGUCACCACUGGUUGACAUUCGGAAGGCCUCACACGCCGUACCAAGAUCGCCAAGAUCACCAAUGAGAGUCCAACCUUCGCCACGGCGCUCACUUGGAGCAGCAGCAGCAUCCCCAUUGCCAGGAUAUCGCACUGCACAAGUGCACUAGGACGAGACUUAGAAGAUGCGACGUACCUGUAGGUUGUAUAUUUGUUGGUUCAGCAGUGAGCAGCGUUGUAACUUUUGCUUCUACUGAUGUUUUGGCGAUCAUGUGUGACACGGGAACACCACUAUGUCAAUCUAUGAUAAGUUGCCUUGCCUGGUUCAGCAAGCGUAUAG